GGUGAGAUUUAUUGGGUGUUUUGUUUGGGUUUCGUUUUUAAUUUUUCUCUGAAUUCCGUAUAGUAAAAAAAUUCGCAAGACCUAAUUCUCCGGUUUCCAGUUGCAGAGAUGGAAUCAUCGUCACCAUCAAAGCGCGGUAAGACCUAUUUGGAAGUGUUUUUUCCACUUCCUCCUCUUUCUCGAGAGUCUUCCAUCAUUAUGUAUGAGUUGAGGACAAUCUAUCGAUACAUGGAGGAGCAAUUCUCAUCAAUUCUCCGGGAACAAGCUCGACAAAAGGGUGCCAUAGUACCCCAAUAUGAGUUUGCUACUCUGUGUCUCUUGUAUACUCCCGAUGAGUAUGUUCCUCUGAGUCCCAUGUAUAGUCCUCAUUCCUCCCAAGUAUCUUCCUCCUUCCUCCGAACACUCAGCGGAGCCAUCUGACAAAACGGGAUGGAUGGUGUCCGAUUGUCCUCCUCCUGAUGAUCGACCACUACCACAAGGUGGUGUUGAAGUUCAAGCCAAGAUGGAUCGGAUGAAAGCUCUAGAAGAAGCACGUCAACCUCCUCCUCCUCCUCCUUCUCGAGAGUCUACCAUAAUUCUGGAUGAGUUGAGGAGAAUCCAUCGAUACAUGGAGGGGAAAUUCACAUCCAUUCUCCAGGAACAAGCUCGCCAAAGGGACUCCAACUGGGAUGAUGGUGGUGUUGUGGACAAAGAGACACACAAGAGGAAAAACUAUCAUGAAGGUGAUGUCAUGGAAGAGACAUGCAAAAAGAAGGCCAAAUUUGUGGAAGGCUCAGAGGAGUUUGGCCAAUUCCCUGCUGAUGGGAAGAUGAUCAAUGAAGUGGGACACAUAGGUGCCAGUUUGCAGGAGGUUGGUGCUCGCCUUGCAUCCAUUGGUCGGACACACGAGCUUGAAAAGGAACAACUUGCUGCUCGUGUAAAGGAAUUGGAGACUAAAGUGUCUGAGGCUUUUGGUCAAGGGUUCUAUCGAGCCGUGACCCAGGUUAAGGCUGUUUUUCCUGGAAUUGAUGUGGAUAAGCUGGAUGUGACCAAGGUGGUUUUAGAUGGGAAGCUUGUGGAUGAAGAUGCUACUGGUGAGAAGAAUGAUUGAAGUUCUUCAUUUGUAAUGGUUUGCUUUGUUUUUUCGGUAUGUUUGCAACGGUCGUCGUGCUUCCUCUGUUCGCCGAAGAACGAGGUCGCCAAUUUUGAAAAUUCGGGAACGGCUUUUUUUUAAGAAAAGUAUAGGUAGACAAUGAAAAUACUAAAACAAUGUGAACAAUGGAUAUAUCGGAUGUUCAUUUCACUAGGUGUGCAGAUGGUUAUUCUAAUAUUAAAAUUUAGGUGGAUAA